AUGCCUGAACACGAACAACUUAAAUCCCAAACAAUCGCCAGCGGACUGCCCACACCCCAACCUUACCCCAAAUUGCCCAAAAAUGUGAUUGAUAUGUUCUCUCUGAAGGGUAAAGUCGCUUGUAUUUCGGGUGCUUCGUCUGGUAUCGGUGGAGCCGUUGCAGUGGCUUUUGCCCAGGCCGGUGCGGAUCUCGCCGUAUGGUACAACUCGCACGACCAACUGGUGCAGACGGCCAAAGAAUUGAGCGAACAGUACGGCGUGAAAAUAAAGGCUUACAAGUGUCCCGUGACGGAUGAGCACAAGGUUCGCGAGACCAUUGAGCAGGUUGAGCAAGAUUUCGGACGCAUUGACGUUUUUGUCGCCAACGCAGGUGUCGCCUGGUCCGAGGGUCCGCUUAUCGAAGCCGAAGCCAAAGGUGUAGCCAGUUCCGAGUGGGAAAAAGUGUUCCAGACCGAUUUCCAAGGCGUAUACUACUGCAGCAAGGUGGUUGGCCGUGUUUUUAAAAAACAGGGCCACGGGUCCUUAGUAAUAACGGCGUCGAUGUCUGGCCACGUGGUCAACGUUCCCCAGCUACAAGCAUGCUACAACGCGGCCAAGGCCGGAGUUAUCCACUUGUCGCGCUCGUUGGCCGUCGAAUGGGCUGGAUUCGGUCGUGUUAACACUGUCUCGCCCGGUUACAUCCAUACUCCGAUUUCGAGCUUUGCAGAAGCUAAAAUCAAGCAAAGAUGGCACGAGCUCACGCCUUUGGGCAGAGAGGGUUUACCAGAGGAAUUGGUCGGUGCUUACUUGUAUCUAGCGUCCGAUGCGUCUACUUAUACCACUGGCAGCGACAUAAUUGUCGACGGCGGUUACUGUGCCAUGUAA